ACCAGUGGUAUCAGGGCAUUAUACCACUACAGAACCAAAACACUAGCUUCACGGUGAUCUUUGAGGCUGUACGAGGUUCCGCCAACGUUGGACACAUAGCCAUUGAUGAUGUGACGUUUGAUGAAGCUCAGAACUGUCAGCGCACACCUAAGCUGGCCAUUCCAAGUGUCACACAAGUCCCAGUGACCAACACUGCAUCCACUAAAACAAUCCAGACCACAGCUCACUCAACUAUGACUACGUCUCGUCCUGUGUCUACAGCUAAACCUACAGGUGGCAGUAACUUCACAUGCAGCUUCUCCUAUGACCUAUGUGGCUGGACCCAGGACCACUCUGACCAGUUCGACUGGACUAGACAACAUGGCCACACAGCAUCGGCAGGCACUGGACCCAAUGGUGACCACACCACAGGAAGAGGCUACUUCAUCUUCAUUGAGGCAUCAGGAAAAACAGGAGGAAGUAAAGCCCGCCUGAUCAGUCCUACCGUCCAGAUGGCCAGUAGUCAACAGAGAUGUGUGACCUUUUGGUACUCUAUGUAUGGGUCAAAUGUAGCCAGCUUGAAUGUUUAUGUGACCGCCAAUGUCCAGACCCUGGGUCAGCCUGUGUGGAAGAGGACAGGCAAUCAGGGUAACUCAUGGCGCACCAGUCAGUUUACACUCACUGGUUCUGGCCCCCUCAAAGUUGUGUUUGAGGCCACCCGAGGGAUAGGCUACCAAGGAGAUAUAGCUGUAGAUGACAUCAGUUUGGCUACAGGACCAUGUUCUGGACAAACCUCAACAUCUGUCAACAAUGUGGGGUUCUUGUCCUGUGAUUUUGAGUCGAGCAGUAUCUGUGGUUACAUACAAGACACAUCAGACAACUUUGACUGGACAAGAAACCAUGGCAAAACCAACUCAGCCAACACUGGACCUUUCAGUGACCAUACAUUAGGCACCACAUCAGGAAGCUACAUGUACAUAGAAACUUCACGCCCUAGAACCCCCAAUCAGAAAGCUCGUCUCUUGUCUCCCACGACAACGUACACUACUGGGCCAGUCUGUGUGACUUUCUGGUAUCAUAUGUAUGGUGGCAACAUUGGGGCCCUGAACCUCUACUCCUCGGUGGGAUCCAACCUCGGUCAACCCAUCUGGUCACGGCACAACAAUCAAGGCAAUCACUGGAGCGUUGGACAGGUGACUGUCAAGUCACCACACUCUUAUCAGAUCGUCUUUGAAGGAAUUGUUGGAAGUGGGUAUGCUGGUGACAUUGCAAUUGAUGACGUCAAUGUGACAGUAGGGUCAUGCGGUGCAGAUGGUGCUUGCAAUUUCGACAAAAACAAUUUCUGUUCCUGGUCUAACCUUAAGACAGAUGAUUUUGAUUGGUCGAUUAGAAAUGGCCGCACCCCAAGUGGUCAAACAGGUCCAACCUAUGAUCACACCCAAAACAAUGCCCAGGGAAAAUACAUGUUCAUUGAGACAAGCACUCCUCGUCGGCCAGGCCAGAAAGCUCAGCUUCAGAGCGAGUCCUUCACUGCGACAGGGACAGGAACCAGAUGCUUUAAGUUCUGGUACCACAUGUAUGGGUCACGCAUGGGCACUGUGAAUGUAUAUGUUAAACAGAACUCUUCCAACACCCUGAUGUGGACUCUCAGUGGUAACCAAGGAAACAGCUGGCACUCCGCCCAGUUUCCGCUGACUUCAUCACAAAGCUUCAGAAUCCUGAUUGAGGGUGUCAUCAAGGGAACUGUCACUGGAGAUGCUGCACUGGAUGACCUUGGCUUCACUAACGGUGUAUGUGGUUUCGCGCCGACUAAAGCGGCACCUCCUAACCUGACAACACCACCUACGACCCCAGCUACUACCCCGGCAACCACUCUCAAUCCACCAAUCACCAGCUGUACCUUUGAGUCAGGAACUUGUGGAUGGACUCAGGCUAAAGAUGACCAGUUUGACUGGACACGGCACAAAGGUCAAACAGGAACUACCAACACUGGGCCUACCACUGAUCACACAACAGGACACGGAUAUUACAUGUUCAUCGAGGCUAGUUCACCUCGAAGGAAUGGAGAUAAAGCAAGGCUUAUAAGCCCGCCCAUCCUAGGGUCCGGGCAACUGUGUCUCAAUUUCUGGUACCACAUGUUCGGAGCCAACAUCAACAGUCUCAGCGUUUACCUUCUCCGGAGUGCCUCCCUGGGCACAGCUGUGUGGACCAAACAAGGCACACAGGGCAACGUCUGGAAACAAGCACAGGUCCCAAUAUCUAUCCAGGGGAACUUCUCUGUUGUGAUGGAAGCCAGUAGAGGUGUGUCAUACCUGGGAGACAUUGCCAUCGAUGAUAUUGCCCUGACAUCAGGAAGUUGUUCAGGCUCCACCAAUGCUCACUCCUGUAACUUUGAAGACAAAAACUUAUGUGGCUACACCCAGGAUCAAACGGACAACUUUGACUGGACAUGGCAGAGUGGAGGCACUGCUUCUACUAACACAGGACCUACCAGUGACCACACCUUCAGUACAUCUUAUGGUCAUUACAUAUUUAUUGAGUCUUCCUCACCCCGACGACCAAAUGACAAGGCAAGAGUCAUCUCCCCACUGUACAGCGCCACCACCACAGACCAGUGUGUGCAGUUCUACUACCAUAUGUAUGGCAAUCAGAUCGGAACACUUAACCUCAAGCUGAAAGUACAAAACAAUAUUGGCAACAAUGUUUGGACCAAGAGUGGUAACCAAGGUAACCAGUGGAACGUAGCCCAGGUGUCACUAGCAUCCAGUCGCCUAAGUCUACCUUACCAGCUUGUGUUUGAAGGUGUCCGAGGCCGUGGAUACCUAAGUGACAUUGCCUUGGAUGAUAUUUCCAUAACAAAUGGUCCCUGUGCUUCUCAAGGAUCUUGUAACUUUGAGCAUGGUUACUGUACCUGGAGCAAUGCCCAUACCGGUGAUAACUUUGACUGGAAACAGAGCUCUGGAUCCACAUCUUCCCGGAACACUGGACCCGCUACAGACCACACCCUCCAGACAGCUGCAGGUAAAUAUAUCUACUUGGAGGCAUCAGCUCCCCGUAAACAAGGCGACCGCACCUGGUUGCUGAGUCAGAACUUCAAUCCUACCAAGGCAGGAUGUUUCAGUUUCUGGUACAACAUGAAUGGCCACAACAUUGGCACCCUCGCAGUGUACAUCAGCUUCAUCAGUGGGGGAAACAGGACUGUCUGGUCAGUUAGUGGUGACCAUGGCAACAAGUGGAUAAACGGUCAGGCACCUAUUGUGUCCACAGUAGCUUACACGAUUGUAAUUGAAGGUGUAAGAGGAAAUGGGAUUGCAGGAGACAUCGCCAUAGAUGAUUUACUUGUGUCCAACUCUCUCUGUGGCAUCCUCCCAAGUGAAGCGCAGCCUGCCAACCAGACAGGCACGCUCCCACCCACUGGUUCCACUACCCCAGCUACAACUCCCGUCCCUGGAGCCUUUGCCUGUAACUUUGAUAUUGGACCUUGUGGCUGGACACAGGACAAAACCACGGAUACAUUUGAUUGGCAGAGGAAGUCAGGGUCGACAAGUUCUGUCGGCACUGGACCACGAUCAGAUCAUACAGGAGGCUCUGGAUCUUAUUAUUAUAUUGAAACAUCGCCACCAAAACGUCGUGGAGACAAGGCUCGGUUUGUAAGUCCAUCUGUGCCUCUGUCAAAGGCCAACGCUCCAAAAUGUUUCACAUUCUGGUACAACAUGUAUGGAGACCACAUCGGCACGCUCAAUGUUUACACCAAGACUGGUGUUCGUUAUAGCUCGGCUAUCUUCCAGCGUACAGGAACUCAGGGACAAGCCUGGAAACAGGCCUCUGUUGACUUGGUGUCACCUGUUCCUUUCCAGGUUGUUCUGGAGGCUACAUAUGGAAAUGGUUACCGUGGUGAUAUCGCUGUAGAUGAUGUGUCGAUUGCAGAUGGAUCUUGUCAACAAGCUGCUGGACCUGCUGGAUUCCUUGGCUGUAACUUUGAGAAUGCCAGUAUUUGUAGCUACACACAAGAUAUGUCAGACAUAUUUAACUGGACAAGGAAAAGUGGAUCAACGGGUUCCCGGGGAACUGGCCCAAGCAGUGACCACACGUAUGGCAGCUCAAGAGGCCACUAUAUGUAUAUUGAGGCCUCAGCCCCCAGAAAACCGGGUGAUGUGGCUCGCCUCAUAUCUCCCCAGGAGCCAUCUCCUAGCUCGAGCAUGUGUGUAGAGUUCUGGUACCACAUGUAUGGGCAGCAGACAGGGACCCUGAGUCUGUACCUACGGAGAGGCACCGGUAAUGGUAACCCAGUCUGGACUAAACAAGGUAACCAAGGAAACCGCUGGGUCAAGGCCACAUAUGGAGUGUCAGCAAACUCUGGAGCCUUCAACUUGGUGUUUGAGGCAACACGAGGUACAGGCUAUGUGGGCGACAUCGCCAUUGACGACGUAUCGGUGAAGACUGGAUCAUGCUCAUCAUCUGCAGGGGGUAACUGUAACUUUGAGCUAGACUCAUGUACCUGGAGUAAUGUUCACACUGGAGACGAUUUUGAUUGGAUCACUGGGUCUGGAAGUACAACUAGCACUGGAACCGGCCCUCAGGCUGACCACACCCUCAACAACUCCACUGGUAAGUACAUCUAUAUUGAGAGUUCAGCGCCACAGCGACCUGGAGACCGGGCAGUCCUACAGAGUGCCACCCUGCCACCCACACCCGGCCAGUGUAUGCACUUCUGGUAUCACAUGUUUGGGUCAGGAAUUGGCACACUACAGGUGUGGAAAAAGCCACAGGGCAGCAAUGCCACCAAGAUCUGGGAACUCUCCCAUAAUCAAGGCAACCUGUGGAAGAACGGUGUUGUACCAAUCGGCAGUACUAGUUCAGCAUACCAGGUGCUGUUGGUUGGUAUCCGUGGAAACAGUUAUAAUGGUGACAUUGCUGUUGAUGAUUUGACCUUUGACACAACCACUUGUACCUUGACUCCGACCAAUGCCAUGCCUGUCGUUACGACUCCAGCUACUACCACCCAGCAGACUCUCAAAACACCAACUGCAUACGCUUGUGACUUUGAGCAAAAUAUUUGUGCAUGGACACAAGACAAGACUGACAACUUUGAUUGGACACGUCAGCGUGGUCCUACCUCCACAGCAAACACCGGUCCAACCACUGACCACACUAAAGGAACCAAUCAGGGUUACUACGUCUUUAUCGAGGCUUCGUCUCCCCGUCGUCCUGGUGAUGUGGCUCGUCUGAUCAGUCCGACAACCGAUGGCUCUAUCAAACAGUGCUUCACAUUUUGGUACCAGAUGUAUGGUGCCCAAAUCAAAGGUCUUAAUGUCUACUUCAAGAGCAACAACUCACUUGGGACUAAAGUGUGGACCCGACAAGGCACCCAGGGGCGCCAGUGGAUCCAGGGUCAGGUCCAGGUGGCAGGGGGCUCAGCAACACAUAGUGUCACAAAUAUUGUCGUUGAGGGUGUUAGAGGAAUGAACUACAUUGGAGACAUUGCCAUUGAUGAUGUUAACCUGUUUGCAGGCAACUGUCCAUCAGGCCCCACUGCUAGCCCUGGAUCUCUGUCCACCACAAUUAACUGUGGCUUUGAGAGAACAAACAUUUGUAACUACCAGCAGGAUAAAACUACAGAUGUUUUUGAUUGGACAAGGAAGAGUUUGGCUACAACUUCUAGAUACACUGGGCCAACAAGUGACCACACUUAUGGAACAUCAGCAGGUCACUACAUGUAUAUUGAGGCCUCCGCACCCCGACACCGUGGUGACUCAGCACGGCUGAUGACCCCCGUGUUCUCUGCAUCCUCACAGCAAUGCCUGUCUUUCUGGUUCCACAUGUAUGGAAACACCAUGGGCACACUUAAUGUGUACGCCGUCCAAAACUCCUCAAACAGCUACAACGCACCCAUAUGGUCUCUAAGUGGUAACCAAGGCAACUUGUGGCUUCAGGAGUAUGUACCUCUCCCCAGCUAUGGUGCUCAGAAGAUUGUGUUUGAAGGCCUUGUGGGAAGAGGAGUUCAGAGCGACAUUGCAAUUGAUGACGUCCAACUAGCUGCCAGCUGUCCAACUCAUGGUGAUUGUAGUUUUGAGAAUGGAACAUGUGGUUGGCGUAACGACAAGACGGACGGCUUUGAUUGGGUGGUUCAUCAAGGCCAGAGAUAUACAUCACGACAAACACCAACUGGGGACCACACCUUCGGUACAAGGAGAGGUCAUUACUUGUACUACAAUGGGCGCAGCGCCGUGACUUCAGGCUCCAAAGCUUCGUACAUGUCCCAGAUCAUGGCCCCAACAAGUAGCACUGGCCAGUGUUUCACCUUCUUUUAUACCAUCACUGGUAAUAAUGUGGGAAUGCUCAACGGCAUGGUUCAACAGGGUAACACUAGUACUCUGAUGUGGCAUCUAUCCUUUAACCCGUCGACUGGAUGGAACCAAGGUCAGUUCCCGAUCAGCAGUGCCACACCCUUCAGGGUCAUCCUCCAACUGGCCAAAGGCACCUAUCGUGGGGGAUACGUUGCCAUUGAUGACAUUGCCUUCAGUGUUGGCACUUGCCAAGUGACACCAGUGGAUGCAAUGUCUGGAAACACCUUGCCUCCCAUCUCUACUGUGUCUACAACAGCUAGCCCAACCAGUGCCCCAAGUCAGUAUGACUGUAACUUUGAUAAUGGUAUAUGUACCUGGACUCAGAACAAGGAUGACCAAUUUGACUGGACACGUCACCAAGGCAGCACAGGCACAGGAGGGACUGGUCCGAGCACUGACCACACAUCAGGUUCAGGAUAUUACAUGUUUAUCGAGGCAUCCACACCGAGAAGAAGCAAUGACAAGGCUAGGUUGUCGAGUGCCACAAUAUCCACUACUGGGCCUAAGUGUCUCAGGUUCUGGUACCACAUGUACGGUACAGAUGUCAACACUCUGAACGUCUACACCAAGGUUGGCCCAAGCUACGGUAGUCCAAUAUGGAGCCACACAGGCACUCUCAGUAACAAGUGGUACUCCACAUCUGUAAACGUCCAAGCCAAUUCCACCUACCAGAUUGUUUUUGAGGGUGUCCGUGGAAUCAGUUACCGUGGUGAUAUUGCCAUCGACGACAUCAGUUUAGCAGACGGAUCCUGUCAGGGAACAGGUAGUUCGUGUACCUUUGAGGAUUCCCAUCUAUGUGGUUACACCCAGGACAAAACAGAUAACUUCAACUGGUCAUGGAAGAGUGGACACACCGCAUCCUCCAACACUGGACCAAGCGCAGACCAUACAUAUGGGUCAACACGAGGUCACUAUGUUUACAUUGAAUCUUCACGUCCCCAACUACCUGGUCAGAAAGCACGCCUUAUGAGUACUGACAACGCCCCAACAGUCGGCAGCUGCCUACAGUUCUGGUACCACAUGUAUGGUGGGCAGAUUGGCAACCUCACUGUGUAUGCACAGCAGGCUGGCAGCCGUGGCCCACCCAUCUGGUCCAAGUCUGGUAACCAAGGCAACAAGUGGCUUGAGGCUGAAGUGACUGUAACAGCACAGUCCACUUGGGAGGCCGUAUUUGAGGGUGUCAUAGGCAGUGGCUACCACAGUGAUAUAGCCAUCGAUGAUGUCAAAAUAAAUCCUGGAGCUUGUGCAGGCAAUGGCAAUUGUAACUUUGAAAAGGACAUGUGUUUGUGGACCAACGUUCAAGGAGAUGAUUUUGAUUGGCUUAGAAAGAAGGGUCGUACUCAGACCCAGUUUACUGGUCCAAGCUCAGACCACACCACUGGAGGUUUCACAGGUUACUAUAUGUUCAUUGAGACGUCGGCACCUCGAGUGCGUGGUGACAAGGCAUGGCUGGUCAGCAAUCCAAUGUCACCCAGCUCCACCACCACCUGUAUGAGUUUCUGGUACCACAUGUAUGGCACAGCUGUCGGAAGUCUCAAUGUGUAUGCCAAUACAACUGGUAAACUUACCACACUUUGGACACUGUAUGGCAACCAGCAGAAUGCCUGGCACCAAGGACAGAUACCUCUUGUCCCACAGACCAGCACCUACACUAUUGUAUUUGAAGGGGUCAGAGGAACUAGUUAUCAAGGAGAUAUUGCACUUGAUGAUAUCUUGUUUAAGCCAUCACCAUGUGGAUAUUUACCAGCAACAGCAAAUCCAGCUAAUGUCAGUACGACCUCGGCUCCGGCAACCAGUCCUACACCUACACCAUUUGUGAACCAGUCCAAAUAUGACUGUUCAUUCGAAACCAACCUUUGUACCUGGACUCAAGCCAAGGACGACAUUUUCGAUUGGACACGAUCCCAGGGCCCAACGGCCUCUGUCCAGACUGGUCCAACUAAUGACCAUACCUUAGGAACUGGACAAGGCUGGUACGUGUUUAUUGAAUCCUCGAAUCCACGUAAGAUGAACGACACUGCACGCCUUGUGUCAGCGCCUGUACCCAGUGGGUCGCCGCAGUGUCUCAGUUUCUGGUACCAUAUGUAUGGACCCAACAUCAACCGGCUCAAUGUCUACAUCAAGAAAGGUAACAGCUAUGGCACCCCUGUAUGGACAAGGUAUGGCACUCAGGGUAACCUCUGGAUCCAGGCUCAUUACCCCAUCCCUAGCCAGUCAGCCCAGUACAACAUUGUGUUUGAAGCACUCACUGGAGCAGGUUACCGUGGCGAUAUUGGACUCGAUGAUAUCAAACUUGUUGCUGGAGCUUGUCCAUCUACAGGUGGACUGCAGUGUAACUUUGAGACCUCCAGCCUUUGUGGUUGGAGCCAGGACACCAGUGAUAACAUGGACUGGAUAUCAAAGGCCGGUAGGACCUCCUCCUCAGGCACUGGGCCCUCGACAGACCACACCACAGGAACAUCCUCAGGACACUAUGUCUACAUUGAAUCAAGCCGACCAAAUGUUCCUGGCAACAAGGCCCGUCUACUGAGUCCCUCUGUAACCACGACAACAGCCAUGUGUCUACAGUUUUAUUAUCAUAUGUAUGGGAGACAGAUGGGAACCUUGAAUGUGUACCAGCGUGUAGGAACUACCCUAUCUACUGCUCCAAUCUGGACUAGGUCCUUCAACCAGGGCAACAAGUGGAUCCCUGGCCAAGUCACUAUCCAGAACAGUCAGGCCUACCAGGUUGUAUUUGAAGGAGUUGUUGGAACUGGUUACACUAGUGACAUUGCCAUUGAUGACAUCAAUGCUGUCCCCGGAGCUUGUCCAGACCCAGGAAACUGUGACUUUGAGAAGGGUCUGUGUACUUGGACAAAUGUACAUGAUGGAACGGACCAAUUUGAUUGGCUGUUAAACAAGGGCCGCACAUCUAGCACCAUUACUGGACCGAGCAAUGAUCACACCAAGGGCACUCCCUCUGGACAGUAUGUUUUCAUUGAGUCAUCAGCCCCGCGGAGACAGGGAGAUCGUGCAGCACUUAAGAGUCAGUUAUUCCAAGCUACAUCAGCCAAGUGUCUAAACUUCUGGUAUAACAUGUACGGGACUGAUAUCGGCUAUCUCAAUGCCUAUAUUCAGCAACAGAAUGCUACAAAUACCACACAAGGAAUCAAGAUCUGGUCCCUGUUCGGUCAGCAAGGCAACCAAUGGAAAUCUGCAAGGGCCAUGUACUACAGCAGUGUGCCUUUCUAUUUGGUGAUUGAAGGGCAGCGUGGCAGUGGUGUCCAUGGCGACAUUGCUGUGGACGAUCUAAGUCUGACAGAUGGCCCAUGUACAGUGUUUCCCAACCAGGCUGCGGCACCUUCAGAGUUAACCCCGCCCACCACCGCCAUGCCCACAUCCAUGACUACACCGUUUGCUCUUUCCCCAUUUGACUGUAACUUUGAGAAACAACUUUGUAAAUGGACACAGGCUCAUGAUGACAACUUUGACUGGACACUUGCUAGUGGCCCAUCCUCCACUGCUGGAACCGGCCCUGCAAAUGACCACACACUUGGCACAUCUCAAGGUCAUUAUGUGUACAUUGAGGCAUCAUCACCACGGCGACCCAAUGAUACAGCCAGACUAGUGUCACCGAGUAUUGGUUCUACCAGUGGUGCUUGUUUACAGUUCUGGUACCACAUGUACGGCACUCACAUCAACACCCUUAAUGUGUACAUGGCUGUCAAUGGGUCAAGGUCAGUCCUUUGGACACACACUGGUACUCUUGGCAACCAAUGGAACUCAGCUUCUGUUAAUCUUGUCAGUUCCCAGUCCUUCCAGAUCUUGUUUGAGGGUGUGCGAGGGGUGAGCUACAGAGGAGACAUUGCUGUGGAUGAUAUCACUUACUCAUACAAACCAUGCUCAGGGGCAGCUGUCACAUCCUGUAACUUUGAGAGUUCCAAUAUCUGCGGCUUCAAACAAAGCAGAACAGACAAUUUUGAUUGGACAAGAUUUGCUGGUCAUACAGCAAGUUCAUUUACUGGCCCGACCAAUGACCACACUUAUGGAACAUCCAGAGGUCACUAUAUGUACAUAGAGUCUAGUCGGCCACGUGUAAGAGGACAGAAGGCUGUGAUAGUGAGCCCCUCCUACCCUCAGACUAGGGGAUCCUGUCUCAGUUUCUACACUCAUAUGUAUGGCAGUGGCAUUGGCACGCUCAAUGUUUAUGUAAAAACAAGCUCCGUCGUGAAGAGGAUUUACACCAAAUCUGGUAACCAAGGAAACAAGUGGUUACUUGCACAAGCUUCGGUGCCAUCAGUGACAGGCAACUAUUCUGUGUGGUUUGAGGGAGUAGUUGGCACAUAUUUGGGAGACAUUGCCAUUGAUGACCUGAGCAUUAACCCCGGACUCUGUCCGUUGGCCGGAAACUGUGGCUUUGAGAAAGGCUUUUGUACAUGGACUAACAUGAAAACUGAUGAUUUUGAUUGGCUGAUUGGGAAAGGACAGACAAAUAGCCAGUUCACUGGUCCAUCUAAUGACCACACCCAAAACACAGCUCAAGGACACUAUGCAUUUCUUGAGGCCAGUUCCCCUCGCGUUCCUGGAGAUGUCGCUAGGAUACAAAGUCAGAAUUUUGCUGCUGGGACGAGUCAAUGUUUACAUAUUUGGUACUACCUGUUCGGUAAUGGUAUUGGUUCUCUCAACAUAUACCUGGCCACAGCAACAGGCAAUAAGACCCUGUGGACACUCACUGGAAGCCAGAAGAAUAUGUGGGAAUCGGCCCAAGUUAGCUUAAAUAGUACAACACAAUACACUGUGCUAAUUGAGGGUGUACGUGGUUCAAACUACCAAGGAGACAUCGCCAUUGACGACGUUAGCUUUACCACUUCCCCGUGUACAUUAACACCAUCCUAUGCUAAUCCGGCAACUCAGACUACAGUCAGUCCCAUGUCUACCCCAGCCUCUACUUCAGCUUCUCCAACUCCAGUGGCCACCCAGUAUGACUGUAAUUUUGACACUGGACUCUGUCUGUGGAAGCAAGACACUCAAACAGACCAAUUCAACUGGACUAGAGCACAAGGCCCAACAGGAACAAGCCUGACCGGUCCAACUAAUGACCAUACCAAGGGAACAAGAUAUGGUUGGUACCUCUUCAUUGAGGCCUCGAGUCCACGACAUCCUAAUGACACGGCCAGGUUAACGUCCCCUAUGAUCUCUGACAACAGCCAAAGAUGUCUGAGUUUCUGGUAUCAUAUGUAUGGUACCCACAUAAACACACUCAAUGUGUACCAAGCUAGCAGUAUUUCCAGUCGCGGUUCUGCUAUCUGGAGCCGGCACGGCACACAGGGUAACCAAUGGCGACAGGCCAAGGUUUCUCUCACACCCUCCUCACCAUACAUGAUUGUGUUCGAAGGAGUCCGGGGCCUGAGCUAUCGUGGCGAUAUCGCUUUGGAUGACGUCAGAAUGGCUUUAGGAAGCUGUGGUAAAGAUUCAAACAACAACUUGUGUACCUUUGAGAGUGCCUCCAUCUGUGGCUACAAAUCGUACAGCUCCGACCAGCAUCCUUUCCAGUGGCAUCAUGGAUCAACAGCCUCCGGUGGCACUGGACCUACUAUUGACCACACUCUGGGUACCACUGCCGGUCACUAUGUCUACAUGGAGGCCUCAAAUGUACCGGUCAAUAUGACCACCCACUUACUGACACCAGUCAUGUCUGCCACCAACGGUCCGGUCUGUGUGCAGUUCUACUACCACAUGUAUGGCCGCAACAUUGGAGCACUUAGCGUAUAUGUUACGGCUUCCAACAGUGAUCCUAGUCAAAAGGGUCAACCAGUGUGGACACGCAACUUCAACCAGGGCAACACCUGGCACCGUGGACAGGCCACCAUCACCCCUAAUGGACAGUACUAUGUUGUGUUUGAGGCGGUAAGAGGAACGAGUUACCUUGGUGACAUAGCACUGGAUGAUGUCAGUUUCAAGAAUGGACAAUGUGGAAGUGCAGGUUUCUGUGAUUUUGAAAAGGACACAUGUGCAUGGACAAAUGUUCAGAAAGGAGAUGAUUUUGAUUGGCUCAGAUCCCGAGGAAGUACAAACAGCCAGUUCACCGGGCCUACAACUGACCAUACCCUUGGCACUCCCCAGGGGCAUUACAUGUUUUUGGAGACCAGUGCACCACGUGUCCCUGGUGACAAGGCUCGCCUUGCUAGUGAAAUAUUCCCUGCCAAACAGACAGCCUCCUGUUUCACUUUCUACUACCACAUGUAUGGAUCUGAUGUGAAUAGGCUUUCUGCAUACAUUCUAACCAAUAGGACAACUGACACUUUUACCUCAGAGGCCAUGUCGUGGACCCUGCAGGGACAAUCAGGCAAUUCCUGGUUAAUGGGACAAAUAAACAUUCCAACACUUUACACGGCAAGACCUUUCCAGAUUGUACUUGAAGGCGUCCGUGGAAAAGGCUUUAAGGGAGAUAUUGGUUUGGAUGAUUUCUCACUAAGUGACCAAGCCUGUGUGACAUCACCACCAUCUGCCGACCCAAUUACUAAUGCUCCAUCCGUGUUCUGUGAAUUUGAUAAUGGCAAUACAUGUUCUUGGACCCAAAGUGUAACUGACAACUUCAAUUGGACCCUAACAACAGAUGGCCAUGCUCCAUCAACCGGUCCCUCUGGAGAUCACUCUGACUCCGGAAACGGUCAUUACCUUUAUACCCAAGGGACUGCACACACACCAGGAAGUCGGGCCGUUUUGAUCUCCCCUAUGUUGCCCCCUUCUGUACCAGGAGGGAACUGCUUCACAUUUUACUAUCACAUGUUUGGUCCAACGGUGGGUGCACUGAAGGUGUACACAGUAACGGGACGCUCCCGUCAGCUGCGCGGGUCGUUCACCGGUACGCAGGGCAACCGCUGGAACCUGGCUCAGUACACCCUCCAGGCGCAGUCCGACUACCAGAUCCAGAUAGAGGCCACAACUAAGGGAACAUUUGCUGGUGACAUCUCAAUUGAUAGCCUCAACAUGGACAACAUCAACUGUGCUAACUCCAGUCAGGCCCAUCACAGUACAGACAUUUCAUGUAACUUUGAGACGGGCCUUUGUGGGUGGAGCCAGGAUCACAUGGACAAUUUUGACUGGAGGACUGCAAGAGGUUCAAACAGUUCGGGUAUAACAACUGACCACACCACUAAUACUGCAUCAGGUCACUUCCUGUUCAUGGAUGCAUCUGCCCCAGCCAGACAGGGCUGGAAGGCUCGCCUCAUCAGCCCUCAGUUCCCACCAUCUACUGGAGAGUGUCUGCGCUUCUAUAUGUUCAUGACAGGAACACCACAUGCCAGUCUCAGUGUGUACACCCGCUCUGCCUCCGGUACUGACAGUUCAGUUUGGACCAGGACAGACAAUGUACAGGGACAAGCCUGGGUACUAGGGGAGGUCACUCUAACAAGCCAAUCAAAGUUUCAGGUGAUCAUUGAGGCCUUGCGGGGGUCCUCCUCCACAAGUGAUAUUGCCGUUGAUGACCUGACUAUCAGCCCCGGAUCCUGUAGAAGGGCAGGUGCAUGUAGCUUUGAGCAGGGUGUUUGUGGCUACACCAACAUGCAGGGUGACCAGUUCGAUUGGACACGUGGUCAGGGGAAAUCCCCAUCUUCCUACACUGGCCCCACAGUAGACCACACCUUAGGGACCACCAAUGGUCACUACAUGUUCAUCGAGAGCAGCAGUCCCCAGCGUCUUGGAGACAAGGCAUGGCUUCUCAGUGACCCCAUACAGCCCACCACUGGGUCAUGUCUCACAUUCUGGUACAACAUGAACGGUGCAGGAAUUGGCACACUAAAUGUGUACUACACGAACUCCACAAAUAACAAAGUGUUCACUAUGAGUGGUAACCAUGGUAACGUGUGGAUGGAGGGAAAUGUAACCCUUGUGUCCACCCAGCCUUUCAGGAUUAUGUUUGAGGCAAUCAGAGGACAGAAUUACAGAGGGGACAUUGCUCUUGAUGAUAUUGAUGUGGCACCAGGUUACUGUUCUCUGCAGACUACGGUAUCACCAGUUACUACCCCACAACCCACUCAAGCUACCCUCAUUGGCUGUGACUUUGAGUCUGAUUUCUGUAACUGGAGUCAGGACCAUUCAGACACUUUUGAUUGGACGAGAGAUACAUCUGGCACUUCCAGUGUAGGAACAGGCCCCCAGUUUGACCACACACUCCAAAACAGAAAUGGCCACUACAUUUACAUAGAGGCAUCAGGAAAGCGUGCUAAUUCCACAGCACGUCUCAUCAGUCCAUCGUUGACCACUACAGGUAAACUUUGUGUCCAGUUCUGGUACAACAUGUAUGGCCAACACAUCAACAAACUCAACCUCUACACUAAAUCCAACAACCUACUCAGUCCUGUCCUGUGGACCAAGGCUGGUAACCAGGGCAACAUGUGGAUUCAAGGACAAGUGGACAUUGUAUCAUCUUCAUCUGGAAACCAGGUUGUUUUUGAGGGCACGGCAGGUUUGGGAUACCAAGGAGAUAUAUCCCUGGACGACAUCAAAAUCUUGAGCGGUGCUUGUUCAGGGUCAGCUACAUGUGAUUUUGAACAAAGCAGCAUUUGUGGAUACCAACAAGAUCUGAAUGACAACUUUGACUGGACAUGGGGACACGGAAGCACUGGAUCUACAGGGACUGGUCCCACUAAUGACCACACAUACGCCACUUCUGUAGGCCACUACAUGUACACGGAGACCUCUUCGCCACGUGUCCAGGGCGACAAAGCUAACCUGCGCUCCCCAUCCUACCCAGCUGCCCAACAGAAAUGUCUCUCAUUCUGGUAUCACAUGUAUGGUCAGGACAUCGGCACACUCGACAUCUACAUCAGUACCUACAACCAUCUAGGAAAUGCUGUGUGGACCAUGUAUGGUAGCCAGGGAAACAGCUGGCACAAAGGCCAGGUGACCAUAUCCAGUCGUUCCAGUUACCAGGUGGUAUUUUCGGGGAUCAGAGGAAGUGGUUUCCAUGGAGACAUAGCCAUUGAUGACAUCUCUAUGAAUGAUGGUGCCUGCGCUGGCCCAGGAACUUGCAACUUUGAAAGGGACCUGUGCAGCUGGACACAACGCCAGGACGACAGUUUUGAUUGGUUAAGGCGUAAAGGACCAACCGCUUCUGUCGGUACUGGACCAUCCUCAGAUCAUACUCUUGGCACAUCAGCAGGUUACUACCUUUUCAUCGAGACGAGCCGACCGCGUCAUUUAGGAGACAAUGCGGUGAUCCAGUCACAGCUGAUUCCCACCCAACCACAGCAUUGCUUCAGUUUCUGGUACAACAUGCACGGACAGAGUGUCGGUAACCUUAAUAUUUCCAUGCAGAUCAAGGGUGGCUCAAAGACCCAAAAAUUGUCACUCGCAGGCGACCAAGGUACAGGCUGGAAACAAGGGCAGGUUGACAUGAGUGAUGCCUAUGAUGACUUCACGAUUUUUGUUGAAGCUGGUGUUGGAUCUGGUUACCAGGGAGACAUAGCCAUUGACGACUUGAGAUUGGACCCCACUCCCUGUGGUGGCUCUAGUGCACAAUCUAACGGGACAUUUAACUGUACGGGAGGUCGAGGCACUAGUAAAGUGAUUCCCCUCAACAAGGUGUGCAACUUCAUGGUGGACUGUCCAUAUGCCUCAGACGAAUCUAACUGUGGUUCCUGCAGUUUUGACCAGAAUUUCUGUAGUUGGCAACCAAAUUUGCAGGGAGUGUUUACCUGGAAACGAGGCAACAAGAAUUCUAGUGCCAACACAGGUCCCGCCUUCGAUCACACACAGGGUAACCAGUAUGGUUACUAUGCAUAUGUAGAUGCAACACUUGGGACCUCAAGGAGCAUAGCAACCCUAACAGGACCACUUCUGCAGCCAUGUAGUUCCACCUGUCAGAUUCAGUUCUGGUAUAGCAUGUACGGCCGAGGUAUUGGUACUCUCAGUGUGGUCAUCACUGAAGGGGGCCAGAAUACAACCAUCUGGACACAGCGAGGUAACCAAGGUAACCGCUGGAACAAGGCUACUGUGGACAUAGGUCGUGUGGGACGACAAUUCCAGCUCAUGUACAAGGCAACACGUACCUUCACUACCUUGGGGAACAUUGCUAUCGACGAUUUGCAGCUUAUCAACUGUAACUUUCCAGCGGUCCAAAAUACCUGUCCCGUUGGUCAGUUCAGAUGUAAUCGUGGUGCUUGUGUACCCAAGACUGAGCUGUGUGACUUCACAGACGAUUGUGGCGAUUCCUCAGAUGAGCAGUCCUGUUCUUCCUACCCAGCCCGUUGUGACUUUGAGACUAGUCUCUGUUCAUGGACACAAGACAAAUCUGACACUUUUGAUUGGACAAGAGCAACAGACCACACAGCCUCAUAUGGUACAGGACCUUCCCGGGACCACACCCGAGGAACUGCUGCAGGUUACUAUAUGUACAUUGAGUCUUCACGGCCAAGGAAACCAGGAGAUAAGGCAAGACUUCUCAGCCCAGCCUUUAAUGGAGUGGUGACCAGUACUACCGGUCAGAGUCAGACAUGCACGCUUCGCCUGUAUUACCACAUGUUCGGGAGGACCAUUGGAGCGUUAAAUGUGUACACACGUACCUCUGUGGGUGGACCCAUGAAAAUCAUCUGGCAGAAAGCUGGCAAUGUGGGAGACUUUUUUGAGCGAGUGGACAUCCCCAUAUUUGAAACAAAUCCAUUCCAAGUUGUGAUAGAAGGUGUAACAGGACAGGGUUACCAGGGUGACAUCGCUGUUGAUGACUUGUCCAUGACACCCGGGUGUAAACUAGCCAACACACCCCUUGUGACGGGUACACCAGGACCUGUUACCACGCCCGGACCCUGUGGUAAUGGCAGCUUCUCUUGUUCUGGACGCUGUAUCAAUCAGAACCAGGUCUGUGACUUCAGUCCACAGUGUGCGGACAAGUCUGACGAGGCCAACUGUGGAACAUGUACCUUUGAGACUAACCAGUGUGGCUGGACUGAUGUUAGUUCUGGCCGCUACAACUGGCACAGGUUCCAAGGAGCCUCACCAGGCACAGGGGGACCAAACAGUGACCACACCACGAACUCAGCAAAUGGUCACUACAUGCUUGUGGAGGGAUCAUCAGGUACAUUCUUCAGCCGUGCAAGGAUGAGCACAGUGGCCCUAGGACCAACUGCACCAAGCUGUCAAGUCCAGUUCUUCUACCACAUGUACGGUAUAGCAGCAGGUAACAUUCAGCUGAGUGUGACCAACGCCAAUAAUCCCACAGACUCCACAGUGAUCUGGUACAAGACUGGAAACCAAGGCAACGGAUGGAAGCAGGCCACUGCUGACAUCGGCACCCUCCCUGCUGGCUACAAGCUCCAAUUUGAUGCUCUGCCCUCCAAGUCAUUCCAAGCCUCAGGCAUUCCCCAGUCAGACAUGGCCAUCGAUGAUGUGCAGUUUGUGGCAUGUAAUCCAACACAGAUUGUCAACAACACAGUGUUUAAUCUCAACUGUACUUUUGAAUCUGGACUAUGUGGCUACUUCCAAGAAACAGCUGAUGAUUUUGAUUGGACGCUGACCAAUCAAUCAUCUCCCACGAUUGGAACAGGCCCAGACAGGGACCAUACUACUGGAACAGGAUUUUACAUCUACAUUGAGACUUCAGCACCUCGCCAUGCUGGUCAGAAGGCACGCAUUACAUCAGGCAUCCAGAAGCCGGCCCCAUCCCAGGGUGUGUGUCUUACCUUCUGGUACCAUAUGUUCGGGGCCCAUGUCAACACUCUCAAUGUAUACAUGCAGCACCCCCAAUCUAGCAACCUCACCCAGGUCUGGUCACGCUCAAAGACACAGGGAAAUGUCUGGCGCAAGGGACAAAGGACAAUCAUCAGUAAGCUGCCGUUCCAGAUUGUGUUUGAAGGCUUGGUUGGAGUGAGCUGGCAAGGAGACAUUGCUUUGGACGAUAUUUCUGUGGUCGAUGGACCAUGCCCAGCACCAGCUGUCUGUGAUUUUGAAGCUGACUUUUGUGGAUGGACUCAAGAUACCACAGAUGAUUAUGAUUGGACGAGGAAUAGGAAUGGGACAGCCUCAACAGGAACUGGACCUACCUAUGAUCACACAACAGAGAGUCAGUACGGUUACUACAUCUACACCGAGGCUUCUUCACCAUUGGUGAUGGGUAACAAGGCUCGCCUCAUCAGCCCCAACUUCACUCCCCUCGGAUCAUUAGAGUGUCUGCACUUCUGGUACCACAUGUUCGGACAAAAUGUCGGCACUCUAAACAUGUAUGUCCAACCAAGCAGUGGGUCUGCUAAGUUUACCAUCUUCUCCCGGACUGGAAACCAAGUCAACUUGUGGCUUUACGCCACAGUCCAGCUAGCUCAGACAAUUGACUAUCACAUUAUUUCAGAAGGAGUUCGGGGUAACGGUUACCAGGGAGACAUUGCUGUUGAUGACAUCAGGAUUACCCCUGGAAAGUGUAAGCCUGUGGGCAUGUGUGACUUUGAGCUGGACACAUGUGGCUAUGGUAACACACGCACAGGUGAUCAGUUUGAUUGGCUGAGGUCAGCAGGUGGGACCAUCAGUCGUAACACUGGACCUUCCGUGGAUCAUACCACUAACUCUGACAAAGGAUUCUACAUGCUGGUAAGGGCCAAUGGACGCCAAGCAGGGGACCGAGCCUGGUUAUACAGCCAAUACUUCCCUGCGAGUUCUGCCUCCUGUCUCAGUUUCUGGUACCACAUGUAUGGCACAGAUAUUGGCUUCCUCCGUGUGUACCAACCCACAUCCAAUGGAACGCUGUUAGUGUGGAAUGCCACUCACAACCAGGGAAAUGUUUGGAGACAUGCAAAAGUGGAUCUUAACAGCACAGUCAGCUAUCAGGUGACAUUUGAUGGAGAGGUUGGUUCUGGUUACCAAGGUGACAUGGCCCUCGAUGACAUUGCACUUUAUCCAGGACACUGCAGUGAUCUGACUACAACAGUACCUACUACCGCUGUCGUUAGCACUGUCACUUACGCCCCAACUGUGUAUGACUGUAACUUUGACCAGAACACUCUAUGUCAGUGGACCCAGGACCAAACAGACAUAUUUGAUUGGACACUCCACCGGGGUCAUACAACCUCCUUUGACACCGGGCCUUCUGCUGAUCACACCACAGGAAGUGCCAAUGGCUAUUAUGCUUACAUCGAAUCCUCCAGCCGCCAUAGCAAUGACACAGCACGCUUGAUCAGUCAGAAUAUGGUACUUAUGACCAGCGGUAAAUGCUUCAAGUUCUGGUACCACAUGUACGGAGCAGAUGUAUACAAGCUGAACUUGUACGCAAAACAAGGUGGAAAUAUAGGAAAUGCGGUGUGGACAAAGAUUGGUUACCAGGGUAACUACUGGAAAUUUGCAUCCGUGUACCUGACUCCUGAAAAUCUGCCUACACCAUCACCACAAGCCAACAUUCAGGUUGUUAUAGAAGGAGUUGUUGGAAAGGGUUACCUUGGAGACAUCGCUAUAGAUGACAUCUCAGUGAAUGAUGGCCCCUGUCCUCCUUCUAGUGUGUGUGAUUUCCAGUCUUCCGACAUAUGCCAAUAUUCACAAGACACAACAGACAACUUUGAUUGGGUGAGAAGAUCAGGUGCGACAGAGUCUGUCAGGACGGGUCCACAGGCUGAUCACACAUAUGGCACUAAUGAAGGUUACUACAUGUACAUGGAGUCAUCUGCACCGCGUGUUCCUGGAGAUAAGACAAGGUUGCUGAGUCCAACCUAUCCUGCCACCACUGGUCAGUGUCUGACCUGGUACUACCACAUGUAUGGUACUGGCACAGGUACUCUGGACAUCCGACUCUUCUCCCAGGGUCAGCUCAAACCAGCACUAUGGAAAAGGGCUGGUAGCCUAGGAAAUAUGUGGAGAGUAGCCCAGACAACGAUCAACAGUGACUCACCAUUUCAGAUUGUGUUUGAGGCAAUAAGAAGACAGCAAAAUGGAGAUAUUGCCAUUGAUGACAUUUCCAUAAGGAAUGGACCCUGUGCCGGACCUGCAGAUUGUGACUUUGAAUCAAAUCUCUGUGCGUGGAGCAAUGAGCAAGGAUCUGCUGAUGAUUUUGAUUGGCUGAGGAACAAAGGCGACACAACAAGUACACAAACAGGACCGUCUGUAGAUCAUACCCUGGGUACCAGAGAAGGAUGGUAUGUGUACAUGGAGGCCUCUGCACCCCAGAGGAAUGGUGACAAGACUCGCCUUACUUCAAGUCUCCUUCGACCUACUAGAGCCUCAUGUUUCUCUUUCUGGUACUUAAUGCAUGGCAAACAAAUUGGGAAUCUGAAUUUGUACCUAGAUGCCUCAACAUUACACACCAAAAUCUUCAGCGUUAGUGGAGACCAGGGCACCAGCUGGCUACAGGCCAAGAUCAAUGUGACCAGCUUACGCUACUUCUCCCUAAUUCUGGAAGGCAUUGUUGGAGCAGGCGUCAAUGGGGAUAUUGCUCUGGACGACCUGCUGCUGACCAGUGGGGCCUGCCCCCCUGCUGCUGCCACCGCCCAACCUUUCCACUGUGGUAAUCAACAAAUUGCAGCCACAAAGGUGUGUGACUUUGUCACUGACUGCUCUGAUGGCACAGAUGAAAAGCUAUGUGGAAAUUGUACUUUUGAACAUAAUUUAUGUGGCUGGACAGACAACAGCAUGGGAUCAUAUCGUUGGGAGGUUCAACAAAAUGGGACUGAGACAGCCAACACGGGGCCAUCUAGUGACCACACUCUUGGGUCUUCCAAGGGACACUAUAUAUAUGUGGAUGCCAGCAAUGGUAGACUGAACAGCAGGGCAUACUUUAUCAGCCCCACUCUACAGCGCUCAGCAGCUACCUGCCAGCUGUCCUUCUAUUACCACAUGUACGGCUCUGGCAUCGGAACGCUGUCUGUUGAUCUCAACCUCAACGGUCGCAGAACCAUGUUAUGGCAGACAAGAGGUGGCCAAGGCAACAAGUGGAUUCAACAUACUGUGAAUAUUGGCCACAUCAACUCUCCUUUCCAGGUAGAGUUUGGAGCCACUAGACGGUUUUCUGUACUAGGAGAUGUUGCCAUUGACGAUGUGUCUAUGAUAAAUUGUGCUCUUCCCCCAGCUCAGGCAACUUGUGACCCUGUAACCCAGUUCCGUUGUACACGGGGAGCAUGCGUAGACAAAAGUCAAGUUUGUGACUACACUGAUGACUGUGGAGAUGGUAGUGAUGAAUCAUUGACUGCAUGCAAGAACGUUACAUCAAGGUGUUCCUUUGACUCUAAUAUAUGCGAUUGGAAGCAGGAUAAACAGGACGUUUUUGACUGGACUAUUCAUCGGUCAAGACUCCCUAUAUCAUCUGCAACCGGGCCAACAUUUGACCACACCACUGGAACUGCGUCAGGUGGUUACAUGUACAUCAGAACAUUCUACCCUCGUCGACCAAAUGACAAUGCUGUCCUGAUGAGCCCUGUGUGGCACUCUAGUCCUAACUGUAUCUUUACGUUCUACUUCAACAUGAAUGGCAGAAACAUGGGGAGUCUCAAUGUGUAUCUCAGAGACAAUUCUAAUAACUUAUCAAAGAUUUGGUCAAGAAGUGGGAACCGUGGCAAUAUUUGGGAGAAGGCUGUGAUUCACGUACAGGGUAUGUCUGAUCUCCAAGUACUUGUGGAGGGAGUAACAGGCAGGGGCAAUUUUGGUGUAAUUGGUAUAGAUGACGCUGUGUUUAGUUCAGGAUGUCAAAAGUCCAGUCAAACCUUCCCUAAUGGAGUCACCAUCCCACCAACCAUUCCCACCGUCAGUCCUUGUGGAGUUGGAAUGUUCAUGUGUACCAAGGACAAAUCCUGCAUCACCCAGGCAAAGGUAUGUGACUUCAGCCAAGACUGUAGUGACGGGUCAGAUGAGGGCUUCUGUGGGCCGUGUAACUUUGAAGCAGGCAGCUGUGGCUGGCUUGAUAUCAGCACAGGCAAAUACAACUGGACCAUCCAUACUGGGGCAGGCAACUCACCAUCAGGCACAGGCCCAUCUGUCGAUCACACUCUUAACACCAACCAGGGCCAUUAUGCAUAUGUAGAGGGAACCAGGGGUGUAUUCUACUCAAAGGCGGUCCUGCAGAGUCCAGUCCUGCCCCGCACAUCUGACUCAUGUGAGAUCCACUUUUGGUACUCUAUGUACGGCUCCAGUGUUGGCACACUAAUUGUGUCUGCUUUCGUCAAUAACACGGAACGUGUGUUAACAACAAUUCACGGCUCUCAGGGUAUCGGCUGGCAUCAGGGAUCCACUUACCUAGGAAGAAUGCUUGGUGCCACUAACAACGGCACUAUGAUAAAGUUUGAAGUUCUGCCUGCUCGUGGAUUUUCUGCCUCAAACACUGCUGACAUUGCUAUUGAUGACAUCACUUUCGACAACUGCAAACCUAAUGCUGUCCUACCCAACAUCUCAUGUUCUUUUGAUAGUAAUUUAUGUGCCUGGACCCAAGCAUUGGAUGAUGACUUUGACUGGAGCCGACAAAAUGGUACCACCAGCAGUGUUGGUACUGGACCCAGUUCUGAUCACACUUCAGGACAUGGCUCAUAUAUCUACAUCGAAACAUCCAGUCCCAGACGAAGAGGUCAAGUGGCCAUCUUAGACAGCCCUGCUUUGCCCCCCACAGACAGCCAAGGUCACUGCCUGUCCUUCUGGUUCUACAUGUUUGGUCCCACUAUAGGAAGUCUGGACAUCUACCUAACAACACAAACAAAUCGCACUCUCUUCUGGUCACGGAAUGGCACCCAAGGUGACCAGUGGCUACAGGCCCAGCGCCAGAUCAUCAGUCCUACAGAUUACCACCUCUCUGUGUAUGGCUACGUUGGCAACGGAUUCACAGGGGACAUUGCGCUUGAUGAUUUUGGUGUUACUGCAGGACCCUGCCCUCCCACUCGAGGUUGUAAUUUUGAGAAUGGGUUCUGUGGAUGGACCCAGUUGGUUACAGACGAAUUUGAUUGGUCAAUAGGAAGCAAUGGAACAGCUUCCAGAGGUACUGGUCCUACUUUUGACCACACAUUUGGAUCCAACUCUGGACAUUUUGCGUACAUCGAAAGUUCAGCACCCAGGAGGCAGAAUGAUAGAGCAAUCAUAAAAAGCCCCCUAUAUAGUGGAACUAACAACCGAUGUCUGCGUUUCUGGUACAUCAUGUACGGACAGAGUGUUGGCUCUCUCAAUGUGUACACCCAGAUAAACGGAUCAUUUCCCAGACAAGUGUGGACCAGAAAUGGCAAUCAAGGUAAUAUGUGGCGGCGAGGUACCGUUACUUUGGCUUCCAACCACCUUUCUUACAGUGUUUUAAUCGAGGGAGUAAGAGGGUCCAGCUACACAGGUGACAUAGCGAUUGAUGACCUGUACAUCGCUGAUGGAAGGUGUCCUACCACCGGCUUCUGUAACUUUGAACAAGACACAUGUGGCUGGACGAAUGCAGUCACGGUUGAUAAUUUUGAUUGGCUGAGGGACAAUGGUGGAACCCCAAGUAAGGCCACAGGUCCUCGUGUUGACCAUACCACAGGCUCCUCAACUGGUCAUUAUAUGUACAUUGAAACCACCCACAGGGGCCCCCUACGACAGACUGCCUGGCUUGUUAGUGAUAUAUUCACUCCUACCUCUGGUAGCAGUUGUUUAAAAUUCUGGUACCACAUGUUUGGAUCUGGUAUCGGCAGCUUGAAUGUGUACACACAGAACACAGGAGCUAACACCAAGUCAUUGACAUGGUCACUAUCUAACAACCAAGGAAACGUAUGGAAGCAAGCUACUGUGGCUAUACCGCCAAUUAACCAGGAAUUUAAUAUAAUUUUUGAGGGAGUCUAUAAUGGAAGUUACCUUGGAGAUAUUGCCAUUGAUGAUGUGGCUUAUGUUGGAUCGCCAUGUAGUGCUUACAUAUCAACCACAGCUGCUGCACCCACUGUGUCUUCUUCACCAUCUGCAUACCCUAGUACACCACUUGACUGUAACUUUGAGCAUGGCAUCUGUAAUUGGCAACAGGACGCGACAGACAAUUUUAAUUGGUCACUUCACAGAGGUUCUACAGCUUCUACCAGCACUGGGCCAACCACUGACCACACAUUACGCAACACUAAUGGACAGUAUGUUUACAUUGAGGUGUCGGGUAAACACAAUAACGACAAGGCCAGACUGCUCAGCCCUAUCCUAAACAUUGGAUCUCAAGGAAUGUGUCUUAAAUUCUGGUAUAACAUGUAUGGUGCCAAUGUUAAUCGUCUCAACAUAUACACCAAUUCCUCUGGGGUUGCCAGCUUGGUCUGGACAAGGUAUGGUGACCAAGGAUUGGACUGGAAGUAUACCCAGGUUCACAUAGAAAAUACUGGCAGAUCUGUGUUGGAGUUUGAAGGUGUAGCAGGAACUCGCUAUGCUGGUGAUAUUGCCCUGGAUGAUAUCACAGUCAACACUGGCCAGUGUCCACAAGAUGGCACAUGUGACUUUGAAAAUGGACUUUGUGGCUAUGUUCAGUCAGUGAGUGAUGUGUUUGACUGGUCUCUAAAAUCUGGGCGCACAUCAAGUGCUAACACCGGUCCACAAACCGAUCAUACGUUUGGUACAAAUGAAGGCCACUACAUGUACAUUGAAUCUUCCCGACCCCGCCGUCCUGGUGACAAGGCACGUCUAGAUACGCCUAAGUUCAGUAAAACCACGGCUUCCUGCUUCCAGUUCUGGUACAAUAUGAAUGGCAGGACCACUGGUCGUCUCAAUGUGUACCAGCGAGCAAUUUCAACAACAAACCUUGGCCAACCAAUCUGGAAGCGAAGUGGCCCACAGGGCCCUCACUGGUACCUGGCCCAGGUCACUGUUAGAAGCCAAACAGACUUCUUCCUGACAUUUGAGGGAGUGGUAGGAAGCAGUUUCUACAGUGAUAUAUCUAUAGAUGACAUCACCAUGACUACCGGAUACUGUCCACCUCCAGGCUCUUGUGACUUUGAGACAGGAUUUUGCACUUGGUUCAAUAAUCAGGUCAAUGAUACAUUUGAUUGGCAGAGGAACAAGGGACCAACAGGAUCCUCAGGCACUGGACCUACAGUAGACCACACCCUCAACAGCAGGUAUGGAACUUACAUCUAUAUAGAGGCUUCCUCUCCCAGGCACUCUCGUGACAAUGCCUACCUGAUGUCUCAGAUGUUCACUCCACAACAAAGGUGUAUACAGUUCUAUUACAAUAUGUAUGGUAAUUCUAUGGGCACCCUCAACCUGUGGAUUUGGCAGAACGGAGGACAAACAUCCCGUAACUUGUGGACCAUGGUGGGGAAUCAAGGCAAUGCCUGGAAACAAGUCCAGAUACAAAUAGCUGCUGCAUCUUCCAGUUACAGACUGGUCUUUGAAGGAAUUGUUGGUAAUGGAGUGACCAGUGAUAUGGCCAUUGAUGAUAUAACCGUUGCACCUGGGUUGUGUUCGCAGAUACCAACCCCAACUACAGUGGUUGCAUGUGCAUUCCACUGCAAGAACAAUUCCAGUCAAUGUAUCAGCAGCGCUCAGGUGUGUGACUUUAACAAUGACUGUAGUGAUGGUAGUGAUGAGUCUACUUGUGGUUAUUCCUGCGACUUUGAGACAAACGGAGCCUGUAAAUGGACUAAUGGCACAACUGCCCAAACCAGUAGGUUUGCAUGGAAGCGCCAGCAUGCCCAGUCACUAUCUAAUAAUGCUGGACCUACCAAUGACCACACCACCCUGGGGCCAAAUGGUUAUUACUUGUAUGUCGAACCUGUUGCCGGCCAGAGGUAUAAUCGUGCCAACCUACUCAGUCCUGUCCUGGGUCAGGCUGCCAGCACCUGCCAGCUGUCCUUCUGGUAUCACAUGUAUGGCACUUCCAUUGGAUCACUUACAGUAUACAUGAGAGAGGGUAGCAGCACUUCCAGCACUCGACUAUGGAAUAUUGCAGGUGACCAUGGUAACAAGUGGAACCAGGCAAUAGUACCUGUUGGCCGUGUAAGGAACAGCUUUUAUCUGUACAUUGCUGCUCAGCGCACAUAUAACACCAUUGGCGAUAUUGCCAUAGACGACAUACAGUUCCAAGGUUGUUCUCUACCCUCUGUGACUAGCUCCUGCAAUACCUUUAACCAGUUCCGGUGCACCCGUGGGUCAUGUGUGAGCUCAAGUCGAGUUUGUGACUUCACUGAUGACUGUGGGGACAACACUGAUGAGACCAACUGCACAAGUUACAACAGGUGCGACUUUGAAAAGGGAAUAUGUGAUUGGACACAACUUACUGAUGAUGAUUUUGAUUGGUCAUUGCGAGCAGGAUCAACACCUAGCUUGAAGACAGGGCCAGCAAAGGAUCACACUUUAAACACAGCCAGUGGACACUAUCUGUACAUUGAGACAUCACGUCCACGCACACAAGGACAGAAAGCCAGAAUUGCCAGCAGAUUCUUUACAGGCACUCCCACCACACCUUUCUGUGUGAUGAGAAUCUACUACUUCAUGUACGGACAGACUGUUGACACUCUAGCUGUCUACAAGAGGUCUAAGGUUAAUGGUCCUCUGACACCCCUUUUCAGUUACAAAGGCCAGGUCGGAGAGUUUUACGCUAGACGAGAAGUUGCCAUCCAGGCAAAUUCGCCAUUCCAAAUAGUCAUUGAAGCCACAGUUGGAAGUUCCUACCUAAGUGACAUUGCUAUUGAUGAUGUAUCAUUCUCGAAGGAGUGUGUGCCGUUUAAUGGGGCUGUGCCCACAGGUACACCAGGCAGCAGUGUAGGUACUACUGUCGGACCCUGCGGCUCUGGCCGCUGGCAGUGCACCAACAGGAAGUGUAUCCUGACAAGUCAACGUUGUGACUUUGUAGACAGUUGUGGGGAUGGAUCAGAUGAGGCUAUGUGUGGGGCAUGUACCUUUGAGGGUUCCACAUGCGGCUGGUCAGACCUCAGCACAGGACGUUACAUGUGGGAGCGGCACAACGGAUCUACGUCAUCACUCAUAUCCGGUCCAUCAGUUGACCACACGUAUGGGAGUUCUCGCAUCGGCAAUUACAUGUUUAUUGGCUCCUCUAAAGGAUCCUCAUAUGGCAAAGCCGAACUUGCAUCUCCAAACAGUUAUGGAAACUUGGCUGACACCUGCCAGAUCAGCUUCUACUAUUACAAGACUGGUGCCACCACUGGCUCCAUGAAGCUGUAUCUUGUGCCCCCCACUGUGCUACCCAAUGCUAACACAGGAAGACUUUUGUUGUGGUCUGUGUAUGGUGACCAUGGCUCUAAAUGGAAUUUGGCUUCUGUAGGAAUAGGUCGUCGCACUCCAGGAUAUCGUUUGGUGUUUGAGUCUGUAUAUCAAAAUUCUGGUGAUAUGGCUAUUGAUGACAUCACUUUUGCCAGCUGUGCUCUUGGAGGAAAUUCUACAGGUGGAGUAUGUGCUUCCAAUCAAUUUGCAUGCCAGCGUGGAUCUUGUGUUGACCAAUCAUUGCUGUGUGACUUUAAUGAUGACUGUGGUGAUGACUCAGAUGAACAGCAAUGUACAAAAUAUGUGCAACGAUGCAACUUUGAAACUGACCUUUGUAAUUGGUCACAAGAUGAUACUGAUGACUUCCAGUGGACGUGGAAACAAGGAAAAACAGCCACAGCUAGAACUGGACCGACAAAUGACCACACGUACGGUAAUCCAACUGGACACUAUUUCUUCAUCGAAACUUCUUCUCCAAGAAGAUUAGGUGACAAGGCCCGACUGAAAAGUGUUGUAUUUUCACCUAACUCACAAAGUACAUGCAGGAUACGAUUUUUCUAUUACAUGCAUGGUGUAGAUGUGAAUACACUGAAUGUGUAUACAGAGGGCUUUGAGAGUGGACCACUUUCUCUGAUCUGGAGUAAGAAUGGAUCCCAGCCAGAUCAAUGGAUGAGGGCAGAUAUACCAUUAACCAGUUCCUCAACCUUCCGCGUUGUCAUCGAAGGUGUGCGAGGUAGCUCCUAUCACGGUGACAUUGCAAUUGACGACGUGUCAUUCACACCUAGCUGCCAGACCGUCCAGUAUGCAACUCUGCCUUUCAUACAGACAACAGCUGGCCCAUGUGGGUCAGGUAAGAGACAAUGCAACAAUGGCCAAUGUGUGCCCUGGGCAGCCUUCUGUGACUUUAAGCAGGACUGCUCAGAUGGAAGCGAUGAAGCAAGUUGCCCCUGGCUGUGCGACUUUGACACUGGAGAUUUCUGCCACUGGACAAAUGACCGUAUGAAUCGGUUCAAUUGGACAUUGGGGACAAACAUGAACCCAACAGCAUCUAGUAACCCAGGACCCAGUACUGACCACACCCGCGGGACCUCAGCAGGGUCAUAUGCUAUAGCAGAGGCACCGCAUAACACUCCUAACUCUGUUACAAGAUUAGACAGCCCCCUUUACCAUCAAUCAGGGAAAACCUGUGUCUUUUCUAUGUGGUUCCAAAUCAAUGGUGGAAAUUUCCGCUCCUUCUCAGUUUUCCUCAGCUCUAGAGGAAAGGAGAGCCAACUUUGGUCGAUGGACAUGAGAGCACUAAAGGCCAUGCCCAAUGGUACCUGGACACAGAUUCAAACAAAGCUGCCAUUAUGUGCCUCAGACUUCCAGAUAUUUUUAGAGGUACGGACAUAUGGCAGAAAGGCCGGCUACAUUGCAGUAGAUGACUUGCAAUUCAAGGGUUGUUCCUACCCUGCCCCCACUGCCACCUGCUUACUAGGACAAUUUACAUGUGGAUCCGGUCAUUGUGUACCACAGAACUUGAAAUGUGAUUACCAACAUGACUGUUGUGAUGGCACGGACGAGUCAGCCCAGACUUGUGAUGGAUAUGGACAGUGUGACUUUGAGUUAAAUACUUGUAAUUGGCAGCAGCUUACCAAUGACCAGUUUGAUUGGCAGCGACACAGAGGUAAAACGUCUUCCUUCUUGACUGGACCAUCACAGGACCACACCACUGGGACCACCUCUGGGUAUUACAUGUACAUUGAGAGUUCCUCUCCACAGAAGGCUGGUGACACUGCCAGACUCGGGUAUUUCCUUCCUGUACCCACAUCACCAUGUGCUCUGCGCUUUUGGUACCACAUGUAUGGCCAGCAGGUUGGAGCACUGAAUGUAUACAUGAACUCCAUUGGUAGCAGAGGACUGGUGCUGCUGGACAACAUAACGUCAGACCAGGGUAAUGUUUGGAAGCGACACGAGGUCCCACUCAGCAGUACCACUCCUUACCAGGUGAUUAUUGAGGGUGUAAUAGGAUUGGGCUACCAUGGUGAUAUUGCUAUCGAUGACAUAUCAUUCACACCAGGAUGUGGGGCCACACAGACUCUCCAACCCACCCCAAGUGUCAACCCUUGCCCCAACAACGGCUUUCAAUGUGGUGACAAUACAUGCAUUGACAGUGCCAAGGUGUGCAACUUCAAGAUCGACUGCAGCGAUGGCUCAGACGAAAAUAAGUGUACAUCCUCUUGUCAGUUUGAGCAAGGCAUGUGCAAGUGGAAGGAGACAUCACCAGACACAUUUGACUGGACUCGCGGAAGUGGAGGCACAACUAAUGCCAUUAGGACCAUGGCACCAAGCACUGAUGCAAACUACCAGAACCAAAAUGGAUACUAUGUGUUCAUCAAGGAUGGCACGAAUGGACACCCUGUGGGAAAGACUGCUGAGCUGACGAGUCCCACAUACGUGUCAUCCAAUGCCCAGUGUCUGAUACAGUUCUCUUACUACAUGAAUGGUAAUACCCCCGGCACGCUCUACCUCUACCUCAUAGAGAAUGGGUUGAGAGUGAUACUAUGGCACCAGACAAAAGCCCAGGGUGACCAAUGGAACACAGUCACUGUCGGCGUAGGACGGCAUGCAGCCUCCUUUAACUUCGUCUUUUCCAAGAAGACCCGUACAUACAGUGGUGUGACAGCCAUCGACAACAUUAAGUUCCUCAACUGUAAGAUGAAGCCACCAGUACUGACUUGUCCCAAUAGCCAAACAUCACACUUCUGGUGUCAGAACAAAGUAUGUAUAUCUCGCAAUAACCUGUGUGAUCUCACUGACAACUGCGGCGACAAAUCGGAUGAACAAAACUGUAAUAGUUAUAAACAGUACAGCUUUGAAUCAGGAGGCAUUCGAGAUCUGAUCCAGGGCAGUAACAGUGUAGAUGAUGAUUUUGAUUGGCUAGUGUGGAAUGGAAGCUCACCAUCCAUGUUCACAGGACCCCUCUGGGAUCAUACAUUUGGCAACCAAAAUGGUCACUACCUCUACAUGGAGUCUUCCCACAGGAAGUUCAACCAAAAGACAUGGUUACUGACAAAACCUUUCUACAGAACAAAUGGACACCAAUGUCAACUUCGUUUCUACUUCUACAUGUACGGACAGUUUGUAAACCAGCUCAAUGUACACUACAGAGUGUACAACUCCGGCCCUCCCACCAAAACCCUGUUCACCCGGUCAGGAAACCAGGGUGCCUACUGGCAGAGAGUGAACCUGAACAUCAAUGUCACACAAAGCUUCCAAAUCAUCUUUGAGGCGAAGGUUGGAGACACAUUCCUGGGAGACAUUGCUAUUGAUGACUUGUCAUUUACUCCAGACUGUCAGUAUGCGGGAGAGAACCUGCCUAAUCCACCACAGACCCCAGGUGUCACCACCAACACACCUCCUGUGACUGUGCCCCACACCUGUAAUGCAGCCACCCAGUUUAACUGCCACUCCGACGGUCAAUGUAUUGAUAAGACCAGUGUUUGUGACUUCAAGGCCGACUGUAACGACACUUCUGAUGAGGCAAACUGUGCCUCCCUCUACUGUGACUUUGAUGAGGGCAAUUUGUGCGGCUGGAUGAUCAACACAACAAGUACAGGAGUGUCUGACCAGGAUUACAAGUGGAAACUUGACCAUGGAACAACAAUCAGCACCGGAGACUUGCGGCCCUCCAAUGACGAGUCGACUAACUCUCCAACAGGGGGUUACGUUUGGGCCGACAGUUCUCCUGGAUCCUUCCAUGACACAACAGAACUGUAUUCACCCAUGAUAGGGAAGACAGGACCACAAUGUUCAUUCAGUCUCUUCUACUGGAUGCAGGGUCCAUCAGUCAAUGCACUUGAUGUUUACACACUCUUUGAUAAUCAACAAAAUCAUCUUUUCACAAUCGAAGGUGACCAUGGGGCAAAAUGGAAUAUGAUAAAUAUAUUCAUUGGUGCAAAGUCCAAUUACCAGGUGAUUAUCCAGGCACGUCGUGGUAGGAGUUUCCGAAACGACAUCUCACUAGACAGCCUGCAGUUUCUGGACUGUAUGCCCCCGGCUCACGCUCCAGCUGGAUGUCCGCCACAGAUGUUCUCUUGUCGCAAUGGUUACUGUAUUGCCCCAGAGAAGCAAUGUGACUAUGCAGAUGACUGUGGAGAUGGCUCAGACGAAUUUGUUGUUCAGUGUGAUCAGAUAUACAAGGCCAGGUGUAAUUUUGAAAAUGGCAUUUGUCCUCAAUGGUCAAACGAGGUUACAGACAACUUCAACUGGACACUAUCUACCUCUAACACGCAGACUAUUGGUACCGGACCUCUUACUGACCACACACUGAGAAGUUCUAAAGGAACAUACUUAUACAUAGAAAGUUCCAGUCCCAGGAAGGAGGGAGAUAAAGCUCGCCUCGCCUCUGUUGUUAUCAAGGGAACCUCACAGAACUGUCGUGCAAGGCUGUGGUACCACAUGUGGGGCCAGGAUAUUGGCAACCUUACUGUACUGAAACGCUAUGGGUACAAUCAGGGUGACCUUCAGCCACUUGGCAUGCUCCAGGGUAACAAAGGCGAUUUCUGGAGCCCCUUAAAAAUCCUUGUAUCAAAUGAUCCAGGGGACACCAGGAAUUACGAAAUUAUUGUUCAAGCCACAGUAGGAGCUGGUUAUCAUGGUGAUAUUGCCAUUGACGAUAUUUCCCUCUCACCAGGAUGCGAACUAACAAAUACUCUUUUGCCGGGAACCCCAACCUCAGCUCCUCCUGUUACUGGGUCAUGUGGUACAGACAGGUACGCCUGUACUAAUGGAAAUUGCUAUGGACCAGCAGAGACAUGUAACUUCAUUGACGAUUGUGGGGACAAUACUGAUGAAGUAUCAUGUGGUACUGGAUGUACCUUUGAGACGGGGGCUAGCUGGUGUGGCUGGAAAAAUUCCGAACAGGACAAUGCUGACUGGCGUCUACAGACUGGACAAACCCCAAGCAAACAGACUGGACCUCUAAAUGACCAUACUACCAACAAGACAUCAGGUCAUUACCUGUACCUGGAGAGUUCCAGUCCAUCUCACCCUGGAGACAAGACCAUUUUAGAGAGUUCCGAGUACUACGAGUCGGGCCCAGCAUGUAAUAUGACCUUCUGGUACAACAUGAAAGGACAGAACAUAGGGUCACUCAGUGUACUUGUCAAGCUCAGUGUAGGCCCAAUACAGACCCUCUGGAUAAUGACUGGUGAUCAGGGACCCAGUUGGAAAUUGGCUUCCAUACCUUUGACUAGCUAUCACAAAUUUGUCAUCAUGAUCAAAGGAGUUCGAGGAAAUGGUUACCUUGGUGAUAUUGCCAUUGAUGACAUCACCUUUAACAACUGUCAACCUACUGUUGAAGUGAAGACAUGUCCAGAUAAUCAGUUCCGUUGUCACAGUGGGACAGAAUGUAUACAGGAACGGUAUCGCUGUGAUGAACGAACUGACUGUACAGAUGGAUCUGACGAGGAUGAUUGUCGUACAAAUUCGGGAGACUGUAGCUUUGACCAGCCAAGCCCCAUCUCAUCUUGUGCCUGGACCCAGUUACAGGACGAUGACUCAGACUGGUUACAGGGACCUAUUGUUUCUGGCCACAGCACUGGCACCAACAUUGACCAUCGUCAUACAGCCAAUGGAAAGUUCAUGGUGAUGAACAGUUUGAACAUGCGUCCAGGUGACACAGCCCGCCUACAGACACCAGUUUUCCUCGCCAGUCGUGGGCUGUGUUACGUACGCUUCUGGUACUACAUGUAUGGCUCGCCAAACCUUGGCUCUCUCAGGCUGUACACACAAAAUGCCAAUGAACAGAACAACCAGCUGUUUUGGUCCAUGAGUGGUAGUCAAGGUAACCAGUGGAAAUAUGCCAAUGUGCUACUAGGCAGUGGCAAGAACUUUUCAGCCAUUUUUGAGGCUACCCAUGGAGAUGAGCCUCAAUCUGAUGUUAUACUGGACGAUGUGUCGUUCACACCUGAGUGCUCGACAGGCAAAGCCCCUGUAACACCGUCUGGACUUCGCUGUGAUGCUGACUCCUUCGAAUGUGCUCCUGUCAAGCAGUGCUACCCAGACACCUGGCGCUGCGAUGGUGUUGUCGACUGCCCUGACAGAUCUGACGAGCCAUAUUUCUGUCCUACGACCCCUGCUCCAACAGGAAGUACCCCAAAACAUGUGGGUCCUACUAGGACCACUCAGACACCAGCCCCCAAGUCCCUGCCACCCUCUUCACACAAACCGAGCACACACAGACCUAUUGUCAGUACAUGUACAGACACCCAGAAGUCCUGCAGUAACGGCAAGUGUAUCAACAAACUCUACUUCUGUGAUGGUGUUGCUGACUGCUCUGAUGCCUCGGAUGAAGUCAACUGCUUGUCCUGCCAUAAGGGUUAUUACUACUGUCUAAAGCAGCGUCAGUGUAUUAACAGUACCCGCUGUGACUCCAUCGACGACUGUGGUGAUAUGACAGAUGAGAGUAUUUGUGGAACAGCUUGCCCACCAAACUUUUGCCAAAAUAACGGGAUAUGUAAUGCUGCCACGACCAAGGUACCAGGAUGCAGUUGUACUGGUAAUUUCUAUGGUGACAGAUGUCAAUAUGUAGCCAAGGGAUCCACGGCAUCACACACACAGACCAGAUCUAACAGUGGUUCAUCAAAUGGUGUUGGUAUUGGACUCGGGGUCACAGCAGGAAUACUAGUGGUACUAGCAUUAGUCCUAGGUGGCUUCUUUUACAGGAAGAAACGAAAUGCAAGAAUGGCUCUGCCUGGCAUAGUAAAUCAAAUUUACGAGGAUACUUCCAACGAUAUGCAUGAUUUUUCAAUGAAUGACGUAGAACCUUCUUUCAAUGAUAAUACCUUUGGAGGAAAGUAUGGAACCCAGAGAAUGUCCAUGGAUGGAGCUUCUAUAGAAAAUCCACUGUAUCAGGAUGCCUCUUAAAGACUUGUAAAAACGAUGUCAUUUCUACAGUGCAA